AUGAACCCGAGCGACACAAUUAUCCAGCUAGUAGUCGCGCGAUGCGUUGGCGAAAUAGAGCGUCUCAACGUUCACUGUGGUGUUCUUUGCAAAAGCUCAAAGUUCUUUCAAAAUGCUAUGAAGCCAGAAUGGACCGACACGCAAGCGGGACCGAAUGUCAUUGAUCUUUCAGACAAUCCCGUGGACGCAGUCAGUGAUUACGUUAAAUGGUUGUACUACGACACGAUACCAAACAAGCAGUAUGAAGCAGUCGCAGAUACCCGCGAAGAGAAAGCCGAAGAAGCGGAAAAGGUCUUUGUUGCGCUUGCAAAAUCAUACGUCUUUGGAGAAAAGAUUAUUGAUGUAAGGUACAAGAACGCGGUGUUGCAGACAAUAUCCACAGCGCAGAAGUUGUUUGACUGGAGCAUGGGACCGGAGAGUGUUAAGAUCGUUUACGAAGGCACCCCUCCACAAUCUCCACUUCGACGCUUGAUCGUUGAGAAUGUUGCGUACAUCGCGCAUGAAGACUCAAAAGAAAGUGUUAGCUGGAUGCAAUUCUUGAAUGAAUAUCCUGAAGACGCUAAGGCUGACAUGCUGCAAACCAUGGUAAAGGUACGUCCGUCACGUCCUGACUCCAGUCCUGGCGUCGUAUCGUACCUUGAGGAAGAGUAG